AUGGUUAAGCCUUCACCAACGAUGAUGGCGCGUCUGCGCCUGACCACGAAGCAGGUCAAUGGUGGUUACUACAAGGGAAACCGGACGGGAUCGAUGGGAUACUUCGCGAAGAACGGAUCUUAUGUGAUCGACUGGAAGAAGGUCCGCACCUACGUGGUGCCUGAGAAUCUGAAUGAAUUCAAGCUCACACCCUUCGUGACAAAACGCAUGGCCCCGACAAGGAGCAAGUACACCAAUGAUCUGGAGAAGAAUAGCAAGAUCAUCACCGUUGAACGCGCUUUCGGGGGCAAGGAUUAUCUCGAUAUGUGGGCAUCGGACAAUGGACAGGAGGUUCUCGAGCGGGAGCGACUGGAGGAGGAAUCGGCAUCCAGCGGAGCGACUCGCCAAUAA